AUGGCGGCAACCAGUGACCAAGAAAUGGAAUCACUACUCUCUGCGUUCGAUCAGAUCUACGAGGAUGCUAAGAGUAGCAUUUCGGAGAUGCAGUUGCUGCAAUCCAACUACAACGCAGAGCUCAAGUCGCGUGAAUCACUCCAAAUCGCUUCCAACGCCCUUAAAAGAGAAAAUGAUAGGUUGGCAAAACUGUACUCGGAGUCCUUGAAGAAUCUAGCGGAUCAGCUUGAUUAUCGUACAAAAUGCCUGAAUUUAAAAGAAGAAUUGGAGAGAGCGAACAAUGAAGUUUUGCUUAAAGAAGACGGACACAGGAAGGAUAUGGAAUUGCUUAAGCGAGAAUAUGAACAACAAAUUGCGUGUUUGGAAGCUCAAGUCAAGGAAUCUCUACAUGAGAAAGCAACAUAUGAAGCAACUAUAAGCCAACUCCAUGGAGAUUUAGCUGCACAUAAAAGUCAUAUGCAGGUUCUAGCAACGAGAUUGGACCAAAUCCAUGUUGAAGUGGAAUCCAAAUAUAAUUUUGAGGUUCAGGAUUUGAAAGAAUGUCUUGCGGUUGAGCAGGAAGAAAAAAACGAGUUAAACAGAAGAAUCCAAAAUCGGGAAAAGGAAUUACUGAUUUGUAAAGCAAAGCUGGUGGACCAGCAGCAGGAAAUGACAGCAAAUUGGCAUGUUGAAACGCUUAAGCAGAAAAUCAUGAAACUGAGAAAGGAAAACGAGGUCCUGAAAAGAAAGUUAUCUCAGUCAGAAGAGGGCGAGUAA